CCUGCGUUGCAAAAACAGCUGUCCCUCUAAUAAGACGAUCUACAUGCCCUGGUUUCCCUGUACAGUUUGAGGAGGACGCGAACAGCGAUACGCAGAAAAACAGGAAGAAAAACCGCAGGAUAUCCCCAAAGAAAAAGGUCCGAGAUGUCGUCAUGUGGAAUACAGUGAUCUAUGAGUUAUACCGGCAUACCUUGGAGAAAAAUAAAUAUAACGUAGGCUGCUGCGAAGGGUCAAGAUAUCGUUUGUCGUGGGGGAGAGUAACGCACUCGCCGCCAUAAAGGCGAUUAACGAGACCUCAGGAUAUGACUUUUCUUGCUGACCUCUGCUGGACGCUAAAGAGAGGAGUACGUUUUUUCUUUUUUUCCCUCUUUUUUUUCUCAAUCUGAAGAUCCCGGAAGCCUUAGCUGUAACUUAGUUCUUCAGAUUAUGUUUUGAGUGGCCGUGAGUAGUAUAUACUCUUCCCAACACAAAGUCCAAUAUAUACUGAUGACUAUAUUCCAUGCAGAGAAUUCAAAGUUCAAGGCACGUGAAGCAUCUCCUGGCUAUUUGCUGGAAGAAUUUCUUAAACGUAGAAGUGCUGAUCCCGAGAAUUCAAAGUUCAAGGCACGUGAAGCAUCUCCUGGCUAUUUGCUGGAAGAAUUUCUUAAACGUAGAAGUGCUGAUCCCGUGGCAGCAGCUUAUUACGUGCCUGCGAGGGCUCGUAGAAGUGCUGAUCCCGAGAAUUCAAAGUUCAAGGCACGUGAAGCAUCUCCUGGCUAUUUGCUGGAAGAAUUUCUUAAACGUAGAAGUGCUGAUCCCGGUCGCUGCUUUCUAUGCUGAGAGAAGAGGCCACAAAGGGUGACGAGCGACAAUAAAAGCACCUGGUAACCAAGCUCGAAAUGACGUUUUGCUCUUUUUCUUCGUGUCAACCGACCACACAAAUAAACGGCACAUGGAGAGAUUACUAAA